GCGAGGCACAGAGGCAGAGAAGAGAGGAAGAGAGGGAGAGGAGUAGAGGACAAAGGGAUAGGGAGAGGAGGGAGCCAUGAGUGGCACCACGUAUACGUUGGUUUCCCUGCCCAACGAGCAGCAGCCUCCUGACCAGGUGUUCGGGAAGCUCAAGGGUUCAGCCGUCAAGACCUAUGCCGACAUCUUUAAGGUCGAGGUGCCUGCGCUUCAGGUCGGCACCCUGGACUCUUUGAUGCAGCUGUCGGACGACCUGGUGCGGAUCGACAUGCUCGUGGAGAACAUGGUCCGCAAGAUAGAGAAGCAGUACAUGGAGGUGGCUGGCGAGGCGUCGGAGACACUCAAGGUGGCCGGAGUGUCGCCGGGGCAGUACGUGCGGAUGUUCGAGUGGGACUACUCCAAGUUCGCCGUGCGUCAGAGGCUGCCGGCCCUCGUCGCGCUAAUCCAGGGGUCCGUCGGCAAGAUCGAGGAGGAGCACCGGAACCUGUCCAUGGUCUUCGCCGAAAAGAACCAGGCCAUGCAGGCGCUCAAGCGCAAGAAGGGCAACAACCUUGCCACGGUGGAGCUAUCCGAGGUGCUGUCGAGCGAGCAGCUGCGGGGCGUGAUGAUGGUGGACACGGAGAACCUGGUGACGCUCGCCGUGGCCAUGGGCAAGCCCCAGGAGAAGGACUGGCUCGAGGGGUACGAGUCCAUCGGAAGCGAAAUUGCCUCUCUCGGCAGCCCGGACUGGUCCAACCCUAGCGUAGCGUACAGCCUCGGCACCCAAGACGGGCAGUUCGGCCCCGGGUUUUCCAGCAGGGGCGUCGUGAAAGGGUCUCCCGUUGUGCCCGGCUCCACCCAGAAGGUGUUGGAGGAGGGGGAGCAGGUCCUCUACACCGUCACCGUGCUCAGAGGGCAGUACCAGGCGGGGUUCCACGACGGGGAGCAGUUCCAGGCGGGCAUGUCGACGGACUACGUGGCGGAGUUCAAGCGGAAGUGCAAGGAGAAGCGAUUCACGGCUCGCGAUUUCAUCUUUAACCCGGAGAGGACUGGGGAAAACCAGCGCGUGGAGGAGCAGCUCAAGACGGAGGUACAGCAGUUGCACGCGGGCAUGAUCCGGUGGUGCCGCGCCCACUUCGGGGAGGCGUUCUCGGCGUGGAUGCACGUCAAGCUCGUUAAGUCGUACGUAGAGAGCGUCAUGCGCUACGGGCUCCCGGUAGACUUCUCGGCCUUCGUACUCGCGACGAAGAAGGGACAGGAAGCCAAGGUGAAGGAGGCGCUCAGCGCGCUCUACGCACAUGUCUCCCAGCUCAGCUCCGGGCCCAUCACGGCCGGGGGCGGAGAGGACGACGGGGACAAGGACGAUGACGACACCGCGUACGUAUCCGAUAAGUUCUCGAUCGUGGCGGCCAAGUAGAAGAGUGGUCAGCAACAAGCAACUUAGGCACCGGGGAGCAGUUGGGACGGCUGCUGCUUGCUGCUGCUGCUUGCUGCUGCUCCUUGCUGCUGCAGCUGCUAGCUGCUGCUUGCUGUUGCUAGCUGCUGCUUCUUGCUGCUGCUGCUUGCUGCUGCUGC